GAAUAACGUUUUGGUAAGUCACGUAUUGCGUCUACCAGAAAUGACUAUUGCGAAGCUGCCACUUGUGGAAAACGGGUAAAAUUUCCUCGCGUUUGGGUUUUUAAAGUGAGCGAUAAGAUUAGCAAUAUUGAGAAGAACAACGUAUUUAUAAGUGACGCGAUAAAAUAAAUAGCUUAAAAGCGUACUUACGUACUUGCGUCAGUGCACUUUAUGCAAAAUGUUUCGAGCAUUUACCAUCCCAAUUUGUGUAUUCCUUUGGGAAUUCGCGUAUUGCUGCGAAGUACCCAGUCAAACCGCGGUCGGUGGAACCCACGCAGUUCGAGGAACUAUCUGUCCUGGAGAUGUAAUUUUCGAAGAAACGUUCGACACGUUCGAUCUGCGAAAAUGGUCCCACGAAAUCACGCUAACUGGCGGCGGGAAUUGGGAAUUUGAGUACUACACCAACAACAGAACCAACAGUUUCGUGGAUAAAGGAUACCUGCAUUUGCGGCCGACAUUUUUAGCUGACGAAGUCGGAGAAGCUUUCCUUAGCUCAGGAACGUUAGACGUUAAUGGCGGAGCACCUGCCGAUCAAUGUACGAAUGCCAUGUCAUACGGUUGUCUGCGGGCAGGCACCCUGAGCAACAUCAUAAAUCCAAUAAAAAGCGCCAGAAUCAGAACGGUCGAGUCGUUUUAUUUCAAAUACGGAAGGGUAGAGAUUAACGCCAAAGUACCAUCAGGAGAUUGGCUAUGGCCAGCUAUUUGGAUGUUGCCCCGCUACAAUCAGUACGGAAGCUGGCCAGCAUCUGGCGAAAUCGACAUACUGGAAAGUAGGGGAAAUAAGAAUUUGGUAUUGAACGGCGUCAACAUCGGCACCGAGCAAGUGAGCAGUACCCUGCACUGGGGACCCAACUAUUACUACAACAGAUACCAGCAGACCCAUUUCGAGAAGAAUUCCGCCCAAGGCUACGACACUGAUUUCCACAAGUACCAAGUCGAGUGGACCCCCGAUAAUAUCGCCUUUUCGGUGGAUGGUGUAGAAAUUGGAAACGUUAAACCAGAAGAUAACUUCUGGAAUUACGGCAACCUUCAGAACAGCAAUUUGGACAAUCCUUGGAAGGCGGGGUCGAAAAUGGCACCCUUCGAUCAAGAAUUCUAUCUGAUAAUUAACCUGGCUGUGGGCGGAGUGAACUUUUUCGACGACCAAGCGACCAAUCCCGGCGGAAAGCCGUGGUCCAACACGUCUCCCACCUCAGCCGCCGAUUUUUGGAACGGAAAGAACCAAUGGGGCCCCACCUGGAAUACCCAGGACGGAAGUUCAGAUUUAAUCGUGGACUAUGUAAAAGUUUUCGCCAUAUAACAUUUAAGAAAAUAUAAAUAAAUCAAUGAAAACGAA